UUGGUUGACAAAGUUGCGACGGAAUUAUGCCUUGUGGGUGUCACGAAUGUCAUAAAGUCGGCAGCGCCCACCGAUUUUACGAGGGCCCAAUCCUCCCUCCCUCUCCCUCGCCCCCCGCGCCCGGCGCGACUAUUGAGGGCUCGAUAGGGUUCUAAAAAAAGCAAUCCUGGUCUCUCUUUCCGGCGAUUCGGGGGCUCAAAAUCCAAGCCUUAUAGGGUUCAGGCGGCUGUUGCAGCCGUUAGGGUUCAAAAAGAGCAAGCCCUUCUCUCUUUCUGGCGAUCCGGUGGCGGAAAUCCGAGCGAUCUAGGGUUCGGGCGACUGUUGGCAACUUCGUCGUCAGGGCGAUCGAUUAAAUUCGGUGAUGGGCUUGAAUAGAUUGAUACCCCUCAAUCUUCUUUUGAGAUUCACACGGUCGAAUGCCAUCAGAAGAUAUAGCGCAGUUGCUGGCAAGGAUCCUUCAAUUGCCGGUAUCGAAGAUAUCGUUGCUGUUGCUUCGGGGAAAGGCGGCGUUGGGAAGUCUACCACGGCAGUUAAUUUGGCCGUUGCACUUGCGAAAACAUGUCAGCUCAAGGUGGGUUUACUGGAUGCUGACAUAUAUGGGCCAUCUAUUCCUACAAUGAUGGAUCUAUGUGGAAAGCCAGAAGUGAGUGAAGAUCUGAAGAUGGUUCCAAUUGAGAACCAUGGGGUCCGAUGUAUGUCCAUCGGGUUUCUUGUUGACAAAGAUGCUCCAAUCGUAUGGAGAGGUCCUAUGGUAAUGAGUGCUCUUGAGAAAUUAACAAGGGGAGUUGCUUGGGGAAGUGUUGAUAUUCUAGUUGUUGAUAUGCCCCCUGGUACUGGAGAUGCUCAGCUGUCUAUAUCUCAGAGACUGAAGUUAUCUGGUGCUUUGAUUGUUUCAACUCCUCAAGAUAUUGCUUUGAUUGAUGCACGAAGAGGAGCCAACAUGUUUCGUAAAGUUGAAGUUCCUAUUUUGGGUCUACUUGAGAACAUGAGCUAUUUUAAGUGUCCUCAUUGUAGUGAGAAAUCAUAUAUUUUCGGACAUGGUGGAGCACAAAAGACAGCUGAAGAGUUGGAUAUGAAAUUCCUUGGUGAGAUACCUUUGGAGCUAGAUAUCAGAAGCAGUUCAGAUGAAGGCUGUCCAAUAGUUAUAUCGGCCCCGAACUCUUCCGCUGCAAAAGCGUACACUGAUGUGGCUGAAAAGGUGGCGCACAGACUAAAGGAGUUAGCCGAAGAACGACAGCAAGGUCCGCAGAUCAUGUUGUGAAACUGGGCAGCCCAAAGGGUAUCGAAAUGACUUUAACUUUGUCUUAUAGACGUAUAUCAAGAUUUGCCAUGCCAUGGCCAUCAUUUACCUGAUCGGUACUACUGGAAAUCUGGCACUAAUCAUGAUGCCUUAAUCUGACACCAAUCUUGCAUUAUGUAUUAAACUUCUAUCUUUGUUUAUUGAUUUCGAUUCUUCCAUUUUUUU